AUGGUGUCUCGGGAGACAUCAUCCCUGUCGCUCCGUCAUGGAGUGCGGAUUAUGUCGGACCAAGCGGUCACGGUGGAAUGUGUUCUCGUUGCCGUGGGGGAAUCCACAGGUUAUGAGAAUAUUGCGUAUGCAUCUAGGAUGAAUAAAGCUGUGGUUGUAUUUAUGAAAGAGGAACGAUAUGUCGCGAGGUUAAUUGAGAACGGUGUGUUUCUCAAUGACGUGUACACGCAGGUAUCGCCGCUAGCGGUACCGUCUACCAGGGUUACGGUGUCGGGGGUUCCCCCAUUCAUCCCCAACGAGGUGUUGGAGCGGGAGCUCCAGCGUUUCGGGAAGCUAGCUAGCACGUUCAAAAAUCUGAAGCUGGGGGUCCGCUGGCUGAAGCUGGGGGUCCGCUGGCUGACGCUGGUUAUUUUAAUUACAGGUGUUCAGGGUGAGAUUGUCCUGACAGAAUCUGAAGCGGUGGUAAAGAGACCGGGAGACUCUCACACACUGACCUGUACAGCCUCUGGGUUCACAUUCAGCAGCUACUAUUUGAACUGGAUCAGACAGGCUCCUGGGAAGGGACUGGAGUGGUUGGGAUCUCAGUAUAGCAGCUCGAGUUAUUAUGCCCAGUCUGUUCAGGGAAGAUUCACCAUCUCCAGAGACGAGUCCAACAGCAAGCUAUAUUUACAGAUGAACAGCCUGACAGCUGAAGACACUGCUGUGUAUUACUGUGCCAGAGACCCACAGUAUCAUUGUGACUGUGCUUUCGAUUACUGGGGGAAAGGGACCGCCGUCACCGUGUCAUCUGGUGUUCAACAAGCUCCAAGUGUCUUCCCUUUGCUUAGUUGUGGCUCUCCAGUAGAUGGCUACGUCACAGUGGCUUGCAUGGCUAAAAAUUUCUUUCCUGACGAUUUGACCUUCACAUGGAGUCACUGUUCACUGUUGCUUGAGAACUGA